AUGGACCACAGAUUGUAUAAAGCAUUUGCAUUCUAUUUCUAUCCUAAUGUAUAUUUUAUUCUAUUUAUUGUACUGUAUUGUGUGAUUUUGUUCUUCAAUAUUUCUCUUGUGCUGCUCAUUGUCUUGGAUGAAAGCCUCCAUGAACCUAUGUACAUUUUACUGAGCAGCUUCUGCAUUAAUGCACUUUAUGGAACCACAGGUUUCUACCCAAAAUUCCUUUCAGAUUUACUGUCGUCUUCUCACAGAAUCUCCUAUGAAGGGUGCCUUUUACAAGGUUUUAUCAUGUAUUCAUUUGCUUGCUGUGAUUUGUCUAUUUUAACUGUCAUGGCCUUUGACAGGUAUAUGGCUAUAUGUCGACCUCUGCACUACUACUCUUUCAUGACUAAGAGGAGGCUUUCACAGCUGGUGUGUUUCUCCUGGCUGACACCUUUCUGUGUUUUUGCCAUUAAUGUCCUGCUUACAGCAAGACUCAAGUUAUGUGGUAUAAAGAUUCAGAGAGCCUUAUGUCUAAACUGGUUAAUUGUUCAACUUGCUUGUCCUGAAGCUGACACUUUUCCAAAUAACAUCAGUGCAUAUGUGAUACUUGUCAUUUAUCUGUCUCAUUGGCUUUUCAUAAUUUGGACUUACAUAUAUAUUAUUAAAACAUGUGUGAGGUCCAGAGAGGACAGAGUAAAGUUUACGCAGACCUGUGUGCCCCAUCUGACUUCUGUGAUCAUAAAUUUCACUGUACUGGCUUUUGAUUCGAUGUACUUGCGCUUUGGCUCCAGAGAUUUACCCCAAAGCCUCAAAAACUUCAUCGCUCUUGAAUUUCUCAUCAUCCCUCCAGUUAUGAAUCCUCUCAUAUAUGGAUUUAAACUCAGCAAAAUACGAAACAGAAUCUUGAGUUUAAUUUAUUUGAAAGGGAAAUGA